AUAAGAUACCAUCUACAAGUGCAUGCAUGCACUGAUGUGUGCAGAAGCAAGUGGGUAUGAGCAUGACUUCUCAGUCGUCUCAUUCACUGUCGCACCAGAGGGCUGCGCUGGAUGGAUGGACAUGUUCCACUCAACAAGCAUGUGUCCCUGGCCUCUCCCGUCGACUGACGGACGUGCGUGUGACGCGGAGAAGUCUACUUAAACCGGAAUUAACGCAGAGGGCUACAACCCCGUGCUCAGUUACACACGGUCGUCCUUUUAGCGCGCACUCAAGCCAAGCCUGCAGACGGCUUUCAUUGGGAGAGGCGAGCUCAAAGAUUGCAUUUUGCAGCUGUCGCGAGGGAGGUUAGGGAAAUCACAUCCAUAGCACUUCCACGUGUGUCGUGAGUGGCUGUAUCAGUCGGAUGACUUCUUGCACUCGUAGAUAUUUCCCCCUCACUUAUUUUAUGAGCACAAUCUGGGUUUGAGUGAGAUUUUCUCCGAAUGAACAGUCAUGGGAGAGUGGACCAUAUUGGAGCGUCUCUUGGAGGCGGCAGUCCAGCAGCACUCGACUAUGAUUGGAAGGAUCCUGCUGACAGUGGUGGUGAUUUUUCGUAUUCUGAUCGUGGCAAUAGUUGGAGAGACAGUGUACAACGAUGAACAGUCCAUGUUUGUGUGUAACACUUUACAGCCAGGCUGUAACCAGGCUUGUUAUGACAAAGCUUUCCCCAUCUCUCACAUCAGGUACUGGGUAUUCCAGAUCAUUAUGGUCUGCUGCCCCAGCCUUUGCUUUAUCACCUACUCUGUCCACCAGUCUGCAAAGCAGAAGGAGCGGCGAUUUUCCACAGUUUACCUUUCCCUAGACAAGGAGCAGGACUCCAUUAAGAGUGAUGACAGCAAGAAAAUGAAAAACACUAUCGUAAAUGGUGUGCUACAGAAUACAGAAAACACCAACAAGGAGGCAGGAGCUGAUUGCCUUGAGGUCAAGGACAUCCCUAAUUCAGUCCUCCGAACUACAAAGUCCAAAAUGAGAAGGCAGGAAGGUAUAUCCAGGUUCUACAUCAUCCAGGUUGUGUUCAGAAAUGCAUUGGAGAUUGGAUUUCUCGUGGGUCAAUACUUCCUGUAUGGAUUCAAUGUCCCCGCAGUGUAUGAGUGUGAUCGAUACCCUUGCAUAAAAGACGUAGAGUGUUACGUUUCCAGGCCGACAGAGAAGACGGUGUUUUUGGUCUUCAUGUUUGCAGUCAGUGGCAUUUGUGUGGUGCUCAACUUGGCAGAACUCAACCAUCUUGGGUGGAGGAAGAUCAAAGCUGCUGUAAGAGGAGUGCGAGCCAGAAGGAAGUCUAUUUAUGAAAUCCGCAAUAAAGACUUCACAAGGAUGACUAUGCCCAACUUUGGACGCACUCAGUCGAGUGAUUCUGCAUAUGUGUAAAUAUUUAUAUCACAAAAAAGCUGCAGGACAGCAGUGUAGAAAAUAGCAAAACUUAAAUAUUAAGAUGAAAUAAAUUACAAGAUAUGUACUGUACUCUUCUUAUAGUAUACCAUGGGAGAUUGCAUUUCACACAACAUCUGAACAGUGGUGGUUCUAGCCUGUUUUUAGCAACAUGCCCUGACUAGGUACAAGGGUUUUUACAGGGCAGCAGGACUCCCGUCAUCAAGGGAGUCAGGGGUAUGUCCAAAUCGAAAAUUUUGAAAAGCCAUUCAGAUCCUAUUCAUUUUGUUCCUUUGAACCACCAUUGCACCAAGGACUUUGUCUUGGACUGGGCCCUCCCCUGAGACAGCCGACAUAGCUCAUAAACUUUUGUGGUAGUUGGUUGUACACAUACACGGAUAUAUGAAGUUUCCAGGGGGGUGGGGGCGAUGAUUGUUAUAAUCAUGAUCAGCAGAUGAUGGCUUCAUAUUUUCUCAGUGCUUCUUCUAAAUAUACUAACAAUUUCAUAAGCCAGAAGCACUUUUCCAGAAUUUUCUCAUAUUCCUGUAGGAAAGAUCUAAUCACAGUGCAGCAAACUGAGUAAAGACGGGCAUACAUACAGGUUAGAUUAUGGAAUAAAACCUUUUUUUACCAGCAACGUCAUUGCUUUGGAUGCCUGUGCUUGCACCACUGGAUUCAAGUGGAGGUCUCGUGAGGUUUCCUAAGCGCUCCAUCUAUUUAUUUAUUUAUUUGUUUGUUUAGUUAUUUAUUUUGAUUUAUUUAUGUUUGGUUGGUUGUGUAUAAUUGGCAAGUGCCAAAAAUGUAAAGUACAUCAUAAACACAGCGCAUUUGUAUAACUCCUGCAACAAAAUAAGCAACAUGUAUAGUGAAGAAAAUGUUAGUAAUAAUAGUAUUUGAAUUUGAAUAUCCUGCUAUAUUGCAAGUUCCCCCACUUAGAAAUCAUGGACGGGUCUGAAAUAUUCAUUUUAGGUGCAUGUCCACAGUGAGAGAGAUAAUCUAAAAAGAAAAAUCCAGAAAUCACAAUGUAUGAUUUUUUUUUUACCGAUUUAUUUGUGUGAUACAGCUGCAAAUAAGUUUUUGAACACCUGUCUAUCAGCUACAAUUUUGACCCUCAAAGACCUGUCAGUCCACCUUUAAAAGUCCACCUCCACUCCAUGUCUUAUCCUGAAUCGGAUGCACCUGUGUGAGUUCGUUAGCUGCACAAAGACACCUGUCCACCCCAUACAAUCAGUAAGACUCAAACUUGUAACAUGGCCAAGACCAAAGAGCUGUCCAAAGACACGAGAGACAAAAUUGUACAACUCCACACGGCUGGAAAGGGCUACGGAGAAAUUGCCAAGCAGCUUGGUGAAAAAAGUUCCACUGUUGGAGGAAUCAUUAGAAAAUGGAAGAAGCUAAACAUGACGGUCAAUCUCAAUCGUCGUGGAGCCCCUGCAAGAUAUCACCUCGUGGAGUCAAUCAUUAGAAAAUGGAAGAAGCGAAAAAUUACUGUCAAUGUCAAACGGAGUAGCGCCCCAUGCUCUCAAUGAUCCUUAGAAAGGUGAGGAAUCAGCCCAGGACUACAUGACAGGACUUGGUCAAUGACCAGAAAAGAGCUGGGACCAACGCUUCCUUGUUUCCAAGGUGACUGUUGGUAAUACACUAAGACGUCAUGGUUUGAAAUCAUCCAUGGCACGGAAGGUUCCCCUGCUUAAACCAGCACAUGUCAAGGCCCGUCUUAAGUUUGCCAGUGACCAUUUGGAUGAUAUAGAAGAGUCAUGGAAUAAGGUUUUGUGGUCAGAUGGGACGAAAAUUUAACUUUUUGGUCAUAAGUCUACUAAAUGCGUUUGGAAGAAGACGAACAAUGAGUUCUAUACUAAGAACACCAUCCCUAGUAUGAAGUAUGGGGGUGGUAGUAUCAUGCUUUGGGGGUGUUUUUCUGCACAUGGGACAGGAUGACUGCACUGUAUUAAGGAGAGGAUGACCGCGGCCAUGUAUUGUGAUAUUUUGGGGAACAACCUCUUUCCCUCAGUCAGAGCAUUGAGUGGCUGGGUCUUUCAACAUGACAAUGACCCGAAGCACACAGCCAGGAAAACCAAAGAGUGGCUCCGUAAGAAGCAUAUGGAAGCAAGGUUCUGGCGUGUGAUAGACAGUCUCCAGACCUAAAUAUAAUAGAAAAUCUUUGGAGGGAGCUGAAACUCAGUUUCAAGUUUCUCAGCCACAGCCCAUAAACCUGUCUGAUCUAGAGAAGAUCUGCAUGGAUGAUACUGUGUGCAAACCUGGUGAACAACUACAGGAAACGUUUGACCUGUGUAGUUGCUACUGUACCAAAUAUUAACAUUGGUUUUCUCAGCUGUUCAAAUACUUAUUUGUAGCUGUAUCACACAAAAAUUAAAAAAAAAUCAUACAUUGUGAUUUCUGUAUUUUUCUUCUUAGAUUAUCUCUCUCUUAGUGGACAUGCACCUACGAUCAAAAUUUCAGACCCCUCCAUGAUUUCUAAGUGGGAGAACUUGCAGUACAGCAGGGUGUUCAAAUAAUUAUUUUCUUCACUGUAUCUUAAGAAAUGAAUAUGACAUGUGACACACAGGCUUUAUCAACAGUGCUUUUGGUAAUGCCACAAUGUAUUUUUCAAAGGAGUCUGAAUUCAGAAAACUUGGAUGGGUUUUCUCCAGAUAGUCUGUUUUUUCCUCACAUUCCAAGAAUAUGCAUGUUAGGUUAAGAGAAGACUAACUUGUACAAAAGGUGUGGAUGUUCGUAUAAUUUGUUUGUGAAAAUGAAUGAAGAUUUUUUGAUGAUGAAUCAAGACAUGUUAUGUGUUUUACACAUCAAAAAAAAAUGCCCUAUGAACAAAUACAGUGUGUUUGAUUUUGGCAUUAAGUACUUUAACUAGGGAUUAUUUUACGAUUUCAUGGCUUUGAUUUAUCCCUACUAGUCACACAACAUACAAGCAAACAACUAUACGCCAGUAUGCAAGCCUAAGUGCGGAACGAUAAUACACAUUUAUUUUCUUCCACUUUGUUCAAGGUUCUUAAUGAGCUGGUAUCUGUUCCAGCUAACUUUGGGUGAGAGGCGGGGUAUAUCCUGAUCUGGUCAACAGUCAAUUGCAGGCAGCUCCAACUUCAUAGUAAAAAUAACUGAUACACACUGCUCCAAAAAUAUUUGAAAUUUGAGAUGUGUUUUUAUUUUUUGCAAAAGACUACAAACAGGGUUUCACAUCAAAGAUGUUCACUAUAUGAGACAUUAGAUAAAAAAUGUAGUUGUACUUUACAGGAACUUAUGUCUGGAUGUAAAAACAGUACAAUAUGGACGAGAUUUUUCUGUCAUAGUCCCAACAUUCAAUGUCCCUACACUCAGUUGUAUGCUCUGCGCAUUCCUCUUCUUCUGCCCUAUUGUGGGUCGAAGACAAAGAAGAGGAGGAAAGCGCAGAGCAUACAACUGAGUGUAGGGACUUUGAAUGUUUGGACUAUGACAGGAAAAUCUCAGGAGUUGGUAGACAUGAUGAUUAGGAGAAAUACAGUGAAGAAAACAAGUAUUUGAACACCUGUCUAUCAGAUAGAAUUCUGACCCUCAAAGACCUGUUAGUCCACCUCCACUCCAUGUAUUAUCUUGAAUCAGAUGCACAUGUGUGAGGUCGUUAACUGUCCACCCGAUUCAAUCAGAAAACGGACACUUUCAGAAAGUGGAUGGAUGGAUGGAUGUAUUUAGUGCAGUGGAACAGUGGUGCAGGUGUAGAGGAUUGGUCUCACAGUUCUGAGGACCGGGGUUCAAAUCCCGGUCCCACCUGUGUGGAGUUUGCAUGUUCUCCCAAAGCUUGAAUGGGUUUUCUCCAGUUUCCUCUCACAUCCCAAAAAUAUGCACUAAUUGGAGACUCUAAAUUUCCCCAAGGUGUGAUUGUGAAUGUGACUGUUGUCUGUCUCCAUGUGCCCCGCAAUUGGCUGGCAUCCAGUUCAGGGUGUACCCGACUUCCUGCUUGAUGACAGCUGGGAUAGGCUACAGCACUCCCAGGAUCCUUGUGAGGAUAAGCGCCUCAGAAAAUGGAUGGAUGAUGGAUGGAUGUAUUUAGUACAUCCUUUUUUAAAUAAAAGGAUCUGCUUUUUGGGUUCAAUAUUUUGACACACAAGCACAGCAGGCGGCACAGUGAUUGACUGGUUAGCACAUCCACCUCACAGUUCAAAUCUAGCCUCACCUGUGUGGAGUUUCCAUGUUUUCCAUGUCCCUGUAAGGGUUUUCUCCACGUACUCCAUCUUCCUAGCACAUCCCAAAAACUAUGCAUGGUAGAUUUUUUUGAAGAUUCUAAAUUGCCUGUGAGUUUAAAGGAUUGUUUAUGUGUGGUUGUAUUUGUUAGCUGGGAUAGGCCCCAGCAUAUCUGUGACCCUGAUGAGAAUAAAUGACAGAAAAGUGAUGGAUGGACAAGCAUAACAGUGUGAGAAAGCUUUGAUAUGUUUAAUUGUUUUUCUUCUUAAUUCUACAACAAGCUGCUGAAGAAACAGAACAAGUCAAAAGAAUGUUUUACAAAAUGGUUUAAGUUCACAUCCAAAAUUUCUAAAUACUGUACUCCUCUGGUUCCUGUUCAUGCUUUAGUGUUGUAUGGUGAGUAUUUGUUCAUCCAUUUGCCCAGCUUUUUCCUCAUCUCACCAUCACUUCAUGUGGCAUCAAUAAACACACCGCUGAUGAACAUGUUUGGAGGUCACUCCUCGAUGUGAAAGAUCUUCACAAUGUGAAAUAUAUAUUGUGACAUCCCUUUAUCUAAUGUGCUGACACCUGGAGAUGCCCACCAAGCCACCUUUACCCAGGAUGCUCCAGGCAAACACGUGGAUCAUCACACAGCCACCGGGAAUCGUGAAUGUGUCAGAUUUCUCAGAAGUAGGGCAUUGUCACAAUCACCUACUUCAUCCAGUAACCUGAUAUCUGUUUAGUCUUGGCUGUAGUAUUGUAUAUCCUGUUAAAUGUGCUAUGGUGAUUAGUUAUAAGGAGUCACAUUAUCCAUAGAAUUUAAUCUUAAUGGCAUAUUAUCCAUUUUCAUAAUACCCAUUGAAUUGUCAUCGUAUGCUUAUCUUUUAUCCAGUGUAAAACUAGAGGCCCUCACUAAACCGUGGCUGCUGUGUGACAGCUUGUGUUGAGUGUUUGCAGCUGUGCUUUUAUAAAUAUGUUUAGAGGGGCCGGCGCAAGGAAAGAAGCUAUGGAAAGCUCUCGUUUACAGUGGCAGAGGAACAAGUCAUUAUUCUCUUAGACGGCUGCGAUCAGCACAAGUGAAAAUAAGGACAGAACAUCAGAGCAGAAUGGCAUGAAGUCAAAUGAAGCUAUCCAGCUGUCAGAGAACCCCACUCCUCCUAUUAUUACUUCUGUUAAGAAUAUCAUUUUAUAAUUUCUGUUGUGGGUUGAACAGGGAAAGUUGUGCCGUUUUCUCUCUGCCUCCAGUGCUGAUGCACGGUCUACGGGGAGAGAAAAACGUCUGGAAUUCUGUCAACACAAUACUUUGGUGAGCUUAUAAGAUGCUAUAUAGUUCAAAAUUAAUUGUGAGUUUCUUGAUUUACUGAGUUUACUUUUUCCAAGAGGAAGCAAACAGCCAAAUGGGAGAGUGUGGUGGUAGUUUAUUCAUUUGUAAUUUGGGCCUUUGACCCUCCAUAGGACAUAACACCAACUUUUCAACAAGGCUUGGGCAUCGAAAAUCAAGAGCCGAUUGGAACUGGGACUCACGUUUGGGUUCUCCCGAACCAUUCAUCCAUCCAUCCAUUUUCUGAUCUGCGUAUACUCACAAGGGUCACAGGAGUGCUAGACCAUAUCCCUAUAUCAUCGGGCAGGAGGUGGAUUGCACCCUGAACCGGUUGCCAGCCAAUCACAGAGCACAUAGAGACACACAACAAUGGCACUCAUAAUCACCCCCAAGGGCACUUUUGAGUCCCCAAUUAAUGCAUGCCUUGGGGAGGAAACCGGAGUGCCUCGAGAAAACCCGCGCAGGCACAGGAAAAACACGCAAACUACACAGGUGCGGCCGGGAUUUGAAACCCGUUCCUCAGAACUGUGAUGCCAACACUCUAACCACUGGCCACACCGCGCCACCCUGGAAUCUAAUUUAAAGACUUCAGUUCCCAGUUUUGAUGCCUUUAGACCACCAACCCGAAGAAGAAAGUGCUGAAAAUCAAUGAAGACAUGUACAAAACCAAAGAAGAGCAUGCACGAAGAUGUGUUUGUGGCGAACAGCGGUAGAAACCAGGUGUCUUAACUAUGCUAAUAAAUGACCAAUCACCUCGGUGGCACACUUGGAUUAAGAUUAAAUUGUGCAAAGAAGGCUCUCAUGAUGACUUCUGACACAGCCUACAUCGUGCAAUAGCUCAG